AUGGCGUCAACAAAGAUCACCUUGGUCAUUGAACCACGGGGAAAACCCAUCAAGAAGCUCCCCAAGGAGAUUCAGAUUGAGCGUGAUGCGUCUGUGCAGCAGAUAUACACGUCCCUUGCUGAGGCCUCCAGUUUUUCUAUCCAUCGUCUCCGAAUUACCAAGGGAAGCGACCGUAGCUUGGUCCCGAAUUCGAAGGAUACCACCGUUGAUGAUGCGGGGCUGAAGGACAAGAGCGUGGUCCACGUCAAGGAUCUCGGUCCCCAGAUCGCCUGGCGCACCGUGUUCAUCAUCGAAUACUUGGGCCCUCUUCUCAUUCCCGCACUUUUCCUGUUCCCUCUUCGACCGCUCCUCUACUACAACUUCGACAAGCCUCUUCCCGAGCCCUCUGACCUCCAGCUCCUGGUAUGUGGAUUAUUGACCGUUCACUUCUUGAAGCGCGAGUUCGAGACCGUCUUCAUCCACCGCUUCAGCAAUGCCACCAUGCCAGCCCGCAACAUCUUCAAGAACAGCGCGCACUACUGGGUCCUGGCAGGUUUCAACAUCGCCUACUGGGUCUUCCGUCCUGAUGCCGCCGCAGCAAAAACAACAAACGAAAUCAGCCCUGCCCUCUUGUACGGCGGAUUGGGCCUGUUCGCCUUCUCGGAACUGGCUAACCUCAACACUCAUGUGGUGUUGCGUGGUUUGCGCCGUCCUGGUACCACCGAGCGGGGUAUUCCCACUGGCUUUGGAUUCGGCCUGGUGACUUGCCCCAACUACAUGUUCGAGGUGCUCGCUUGGGUUGGUGUCUACCUUGUGUCUGGCUUGAGCUGGAGUGUCCUGUUCUUUAUCGCCGUCGGUGGUGCGCAGAUGGCCAGCUGGGCUGCUAAGAAGGAACGUCGCUACCGUAAGGAAUUCGGUGACAAGUACAAGCGCAAGAGCUUCGUCAUGCUCCCCGGUAUUUUCUAG